UGUGCAUGUUAUCUGGGGUUCGUCCUCUUUUUUUUCAGUGGACGUUAUGGAAAAAUCCAGUGACAGGGCCACCGGAGGAUGGGUCAGGGUCAAAGCUCUAGGGAGUGGUGCCUUUGGAGUUGUCGAGCUCUGGAGAAAUGUGGAAAAUGGAGACACCAGGGCAAUAAAAAAAUGUCAAUUAGACGUAUCAAAAUUGUCUCGGAGACAAAUAGAGAGGUGGAAGGAGGAGGUGAAUUUCAUGAAGCGAAUUAACCAUCCGAACAUCGUAGGCACUAGAGAUAUACCUGUUGAUGUUAAAGACACGAAUCCACUGCUUCCAGUGCUUUGCAUGGAGUACUGCAGCAAGGGAGACCUCAGAGACGUCCUGAAUCGUCCCGAAAACUUCUGGGGUCUCAGCGAAAAAGAAGUCCUCAAAAUUAUGCGAGAUAUUUCCUCUGCCGUGGAGUACCUUCACGCCAAUGGCAUCACCCACAGGGAUUUAAAACCCCAAAAUAUUGUCAUUCAGGAUGGCAGAUCAGGUAGCACCUACAAAUUAAUUGAUUUAGGAUAUGCUAAGGAAUUGGGCGAGGCGAGUGCUGCUGCCUCCAUCGUUGGUACAUUGAAUUAUGUAGCACCAGAACUCUUCUGGAAGAGCUCCUACAGCUCCUCCGUCGACUACUGGAGCCUGGGGAUUUUGUUCUACGAAAUCCUGACCGGUACGAGACCAUUUUUGCCCAACAUGGCGCUCAACAAAAAUUGGAUGAAACAUAUAAGAAACAAAAGGCCCGAGGAUAUAUCAGCUCGAGAGAUCAACGGAAAAGUUGAAUUUUCCUCAUCUAUCGAUGAUCCUAGCAAUAUACCUCAGUGUUUGAGGGACGCCCUGACCCCCUGGUUUCGCCUAGUCCUCCAGUGGGAGCCAUCCACCCGCGGGAAAAUAAUGGAAAAUGGAAAAAGUGUUAAUGGAGUCUUUCGCCUGUUGAAGACAAUUUUCACGAAAAAAAUCGUUCACUUAUUCUUCGUAUCUCGUUACAAGACGGACAAUUUACUCGUAGAGGAUACAACGAAAAUUCUAGAUAUUGGAAAAUGGAUCUCUGAACGAGAGAAAAUUCAAGUCCAGGAUCAACUUCUCGUUUCGCCAGGGGGGAAAUUGCUGGACUGUCCUGAUGGCAGAAUCGUGAAUUUUCUGGAGGAUGGCGACGAGGUGAUCGUCUUUGAGAAGGACAAUCUUCUGGUCAAGGUUCUGCCAGACGUUAUUCCACCUAAAGAUGUUCAAAGAAUGAUUGAGGGAGGUUUGACGAAGAAAUAUGAUUAUCAGACCCUCAGAAAACUGUACGGAGCUACGGUAUUCUUCAUGAAACAAGAAGUUGAACUCUACAAGAAAUACAUCAUCGCUCUAUCAAUUAAAAUAGACUUAAUCGACACAAAUUUCCUCUGCCUCUCGGAAAAAAUCGAAAAAAUGCUGUCGGCCUCGUCCAACCUCCACCAGUCCCUCCAGGAGGUGCCUCUACCCCGCGAGGAUAAUCCCGGGGCCUCCAGGAAUCUUCAAAACUCUCACCAGCUCCACAAAAAAAUUUCGAAUUUGUUGUCGAGUGCCAGAGGGAUAAAAAAUGAAUUGAAAAAUAUUUGGGACCUUAAGGAAAUCGCGAAGGAGAUUUUUCCGUCCUCUACAGACUCCUCGGGGUUCCUUAACGUCCUUGAGGAGGGGGAGGCGGUGUUCAGAGCAUUUAUGACAGCGGAGCAGAGUAAACUGUGGAUUGCCAAGAAGAUGAUUGAAAUUUAUUUCAGAUUUCUUAGCGUGAGGCACGAGAUUUUGAAUUCCGAGGGUCUUCAGGCUGUUGGGGGGCGCUUCAUGGGGAUCGAGGGGCAGCUUCUAAAGCUCGAGAAAGCUCUCGAGUCUUUUCAGACAAUCUUGGGACAGUGCCAGAGGGAUUUUCAGGAAUUUACUGGUGAAAUCCAGCAGAUGAAGGCCAUUGCAGGGGGUGGAGAUACUCUCGUCAAGGAUAACAUCGUCCUGGGACACUUAAUAAACGAACUUUUAACUAACAUGGAAGACAUCAAAGUGAAACUCAGUUCUCUCGAUCAAUGAAGACUCAGAAAUCGAAGUGAUUCGAUAGAGAUAUAUUAAUUGUUGUUAUUUCAGAGUUUACAGCAGUCAAUUAAUACAUUUCUAUUUUUAAAUAAAUUUUUUCUACGAAAUGUAAAUGAAUAAAUCGAUUUUUAUAAUUAA